AGCCUUGCAAAUUUCUUUCUUCAAAUUUUCUUCAUUCUUUGAAUCGCCUUCUGCUGGUCGGCUUGAAAUUUUUAGAGACGUUAGUUUCCCUAGGUGAAUCAGGAACAUCGAAUCUUUGUAAGCGACAUAAGGUACCUACAAGGCACCGGGGGAAACUUUUCGUUAGAGUUUGGAAGGGACGAACCUUACGCAGGACUGCCCCGCCAAAUAUUUUCCUACCCACUUUACCUUCUACGCCGUAGGUAAUCUGGAAUCUUCAAAGUUCCCAAAAGAAACACCAACCAAUCCACUUCAUCUCACCCUACAUCUUCGACCAUGGCUUCACCAGGGCCAGAUGCAAAUGGCGACGAUGUUGAUUUGUACGAACUUCUUGGCGUAGAUAAGAGCGCAAGCCAAAAUGACAUAAAGAAGGCAUACCGAAAGCUUGCGCUUCAACAUCACCCCGACAAAGUCCCCGAAGAACAGCGAGCAGAGUCCGAAGUCAAGUUCAAGUCUGUUACACAAGCUUACGAGAUUCUGCGAGAUGAAGACAAGCGUGCUCUAUACGACAAACAUGGCAUGGCUGCAUUCGACCCUACACGAGGAGGGGGUAUGGGCGAGGAGGUGGAUAUCAACGACAUCCUGGCGCAGAUGUUCGGAAUGGGAGUGGGCGGCGGCAUGGGCGGUCCUGGAGCUGGUCCCAGGAGACCCCGACGUGGCCCUGAUGAAGAGUCCAAGUAUACCGUCAGCCUGGAAGACCUAUACAAGGGCAAGACCGUUAAGUUCGCUGCCAACAAGAACGUCAUCUGUGGCAACUGCAAAGGAACCGGUGGUAAAGAGAAGGUGAAGCCUCAGCAGUGCGACCGCUGUAAGGGCCACGGUGCCGUGGAAGCCUUCCGCCAAGUUGGACCUGGCCUAGUCACCCGCGAGACCGCUGUGUGCGAUAGGUGUCAGGGAUCUGGCAACUACUUCAAGGAGAAGGACCGAUGCAAGAAGUGCAAAGGCAAGCGAACCGUACCAGAGACGAAGCCGCUCGAGAUCUACAUACCCCGUGGCUCACGACAAGGAGAGCGGAUCGUGCUAGAGGGCGAAGCUGACCAACACCCCGACCAAACACCCGGCAAUCUCGUAUUCGUUCUCGAAGAAGAGCCUCACGACGUAUUCAACAGGAUUGGGAACGACCUGUCCGCCGACCUGGACAUUACCGUUGCUGAAGCCUUGUGCGGAUUUUCACGUGUCGUCGUCAAGCACCUCGACGGCCGAGGCAUUCAUAUCGACCAUCCGCGAGGCAAGGUCCUCCACCCAGGACAGGUGCUCAAGGUGGAGGGAGAGGGUAUGCCGCAGAAGCGAGGAGAUGCCAAGGGAGACCUCUAUCUUAUCAUCAAGAUUGAAUUUCCCGAAGAUGGAUGGCUCAAGGACGACGCCGCGUACGAGUCCCUUCAAAAACUCUUGCCAGGCCCCCCUCCAGAGAUCAAGACCGAGGAGGUUGACGAAGUGUCUUAUGACGACGAUGCCGAUAUUGACGAGAUGGGUGCGGACUCGGGGGAUCCGCGAUUUGGAGAAGGCUGGGAGGAUGACGAUGACGAAGCCGGCGGACAGCCUCAGUGUGCGCAGCAGUAACGAGUUAUGAGAUAUGACCUUUGAUUCGGCAGACUGGAAAAUUGCCCGACGCAAGCCAUAGAUUUGUAAUGGAACAUGGGGUUUCUAUAAGUUGGUUUGGUUUUGCCAUAAACAAGACACGGCGGGGAAUAGUGACAGGAUAAGAACAGCAGCAAGGGGUAAAUCUUCGUAAGAUCUUCUCCUGAGGGAUGCUUGACCGGUAUAUCUCUUUCUCUACACCUCUACGGCAAGUCUUGGUCAGGCAGAACCUUCUAAGGGCCGUCUGCCGUCGAUACUCCGUAAUUCAUAGACCAGACACCUCUCCCUGGGCGAAUAGUGUCAUCAUGAAGACUAGCCAGGGCUAAAAUAUAGGCAGUGUUAUGCCAGGACGUUGCAAUUAUGUGGCCCAUGUGACUCUAAAGACACGAAAUAAUCAGGAUACUGGAAAGUGCUACUUACCUUGAAGUUUUAGGGACAUUAUAUAGAUUCUAGAAGCCCUUGGUUGGAUUCGAAUGAGUAGCAGCCACUUGAGGCUAAAAAGCGGCUGUUGGCAUUGUGGCUCGUGCCAAGGAAUUCCUCCUUCUUAAAGUCCAAGCCACUUCAACAUUUCCUUUCCGCCCCACCUGCCCACCAACUGGCAGGACAUUUUUUAAAUUUUCGUCCACGUGAUCUUGACCA